UCAAAUACACAAGAGAAAAAAAAUAAAAAGAUUAUCUAGGCUAAGCAUACAAUUCUUCUCAAUGGGAAGCCAAAUGAAGAAGCAAUUUGCUUGUGCUUUGGCAUUUUUCUUGAUUGCCUCAUGCACUAUGGCAUAUUCACCUUAUGAAUCAUCGGAUUCAACAUACAAUAAAGUAACAACCAAAGAAGUCAAAAGUGAAGACUUCAAGGUGCCCUCAGAGUCGGAAAAGGAAUAUAAGGAGUCAUCUUUUCCAAAAUUUGACUAUUUUAAGAAGGCAUCAGUUUCAGAUGAUAUCUACAAAAAGGAGUCAUAUGUUCCUGAAUCUAAAGAGUCGUUUUUUCCAAAAUUUGACUACUUUAAGAAGCCGUCAGUUCAAGAAGACGACUACAAGAAGGCGUCCUAUGUUCCAGAGGUACCCACGAAGGCUAAACCAGAAUAUAAGGAGUCAUCUUUUCCAAAAUUUGACUACUUUAAGAAGCCAUCAGUUUCAGAUGAUAGCUACAAAAAGGAGUCAUAUGUUCCAGAGGUACCCUCAAAGGCUAAACCAGAAUAUAAGGAGUCAUUUUUACCAAAAUUUGACUACUUUAAGAAGCCAUCAGUUUCAGAAGAUAGCUACAAAGAGGUGUCAUAUGUUCCAAAGGUGUCCUCAGUGCCUAAAGAAGAAUACAAGGUGACUUCUUUACCAAAAACUGAUUACUACAAGAAGCCAUCAGUUUCAGAAAACAACUACAAAAAAGUAUCAUAUGUUCCAAAGGUGCCCUCAGUGCCUAAAGAAGAAUACAAGGUGCCUUCUUUGUCAAAGAAUGACUAUUACAAGAAGCCAACAGUUCCAGAAGAUAACUACAAGAAGGUGUCAUACGUUUCAAAGGUACCCUCAAUUGCUAAACCUGAAUACAAGGUGCCUUCUUUGCCAAAGAAUGACUACUACAAGAAGCCAUCAGUUCUCGAAGAUAACUACAAAAAGGUGUCAUUUGUUCCAAAGGUUCCGUCAAUGCCUAAAGAAGAAUACAAAGUGCCUUCUUUUCCGAAAAACAACUACUACAAGAAGGCAUCACCUUCUCCAUCACCACCACCUCCAUAUUAUUAAAUUUCCAUCCUUCAUGUUCUAACAUGUUUCAAGGAACUCCAGCUCAACAUAUAUAACUCAUAGAGUUCUCAUAUUAUGAGUUUUAUUUCAAAAUUUGUAAUUCUUUAUUUGUAUUAUUCUCCUUUCCCAUUCCGAGUUGCAAUUGUUUUGUUAUUUAA